AUGUCGCAUGGGAGCUAUUUGCUCGAUGCCACCAUAUCGCGCGUUCUCGCCGCCCACCAGGGCCCUGGCCGCCACUUCUGCGCGCCCGUCUACCACCUCCCCGUCGACCGAGCCGACGCCUGGCUCAGAUCCCCCGCCCUCGACAACCUCCAUGAGCUCGAGCUUUGCUGCUACCGAUUUUUUUUACCAUCUCCACCGCAAACACUGCAGCCGCCGCCAGCAGCCGCCUUGCGCUUCUCGGACACCCUUUGUGUUGCCACCAUCGGAGAUUGCCACCUUACCGACAGCACCAUCCAAGCGCUUCACUUCCCUAAGCUUCAGAAGCUCGCGCUUAAACGGGUCGGGAUCUCUGAAUCCUCCUUCGGCUUUGGUCACCUCCGAAUCAACUCUAUUAACCUUACAGGCAUAUGUGUCAAAGCUUAUAGUCAUGGGAGAGGGCUCAAUUUUGGGGAACUCAUUAUUGAGAAUGCCCCUUUUCUUGGUAGCUUGAUCCUAAGUGAUCGCCUGCAUGGGUUGCAUGUUGAUAGCCUGACGACAGCGGUGCACACUAUCAAGAUUUUAGCUGUUGAUAUGCAUGCUCUUAGUCUCGAUGUUGUUCUUGACCUGAUGAGAUGCUUUCCUUGCUUGGAAAAGCUAUACAUUCAGUCAACUGGACCCGGGAAAACCAACUCCUGGUGCCGUAAACACCGGGAUCUUAUAAGAUCUCUUGACAUCCGUCUCAAGACAAUUGUUUGGCGACAUUAUCGGGGUAUCAAGUCACAUGUUGACUUCGCCACAUUCUUUAUACUAAACGCUGGAGUGUUGGAAUUGAUGACUUUUGAGGUUAAUUCUGAAGAUUACAAUGAGGAGUUCUUUGCACAACACCGUAAGAUGCUUCAGGUGGAUAACAGGGCCUCGAGAGGCGCUCGAUUUCGUUUCACAUCGGAUUGUACGCUCAGCUUACCAAGUUGA